AUGCCUGCUGCCACCACGGCGGACACGCUAUCCCUCGUCACUCGCACCGUUACGGUCGCUCCUCUAGUCCUACUUUCCGUCGCCGAUCACUACGGACGUAUACCCAAAGGUGCUCGGAAACGUGUUGUUGGUGUACUGCUGGGUGAGAACUCGGGUAACAAUGUUCGAGUGUCCAACAGUUUUGCAGUUCCAUUUGAGGAAGAUGACAAGGACCCAUCUGUGUGGUUCUUGGACCACAAUUUCGUUGAGUCGAUGUCAGACAUGUUCAAGAAAAUCAAUGCUCGCGAGAAGCUAGUUGGCUGGUAUCACUCUGGCCCGAAGCUACGCGCAUCCGAUCUCGAAAUCAACGAGCUCUUCAAGAAAUACACCCCUAACCCUCUGCUGGUGAUCGUUGAUGUCCAACCAAAGGAGGUUGGCGUCCCUACAGAUGCUUACUUUGCCGUAGAUGAGAUCAAGGAUGAUGGAACAACAACCUCCAGGACAUUCGUGCAUACCCCUUCGAUAAUCGAGGCUGAAGAGGCGGAAGAGAUUGGUGUGGAGCACCUUCUCAGGGAUAUCAGGGACGUCGCAGUGGGCACGCUUUCCACCCGUAUCACUUCACAGCUGCAGUCAUUGCAAGGGUUGCACCUGCGCCUACGUGAUAUCGGCCAAUACCUCCAGAAAGUCCUCGAUCGCGAGAUCCCCGUCAAUCACGCCAUCCUGGGCCACCUCCAGGACGUCUUCAACCUCCUCCCCAACCUCUCCACCCCACCCCAGACACAGCGGAUUAGCGGCCAGGAGGCUACGUUGGAGAACAACGAGCUCGCUCGAGCCAUGAGCAUCAAAACCAAUGAUCAGCUGAUGGCCAUCUAUAUCAGCAGUCUCAUCCGCGCCAUUACGGCGUUCCAUGACCUGAUCGAGAACAAGAUCCAGAACCGACAGCAGCAGGAAGAGAGCGACUUGAAGCGGGAACAGGAGGCUAUUGCAGCCAAGGGUGAUAAGGACAAGAAGGUGAAUGGGUCGACAAAUGACGACCAAAAGGACGAGCAGGAGAGUUCCGAUAAGAAGAGCUAA